CAGCCACACGCUUGGUCUACCCUACCGAGCAGUCGCCAGCCCCAGCUCCGGCGACCUCCCUGCCGCAGCAAUUUGGGCGGCGGGGACCGCAAGAAUCCCCCCUAUUCUGGCGGGGGAGGGGGACAUCACCCCCAGCCCCCGCCCUUCCCGGCUUCCCAGACGGCUGGAACCACUCCCGGGGGAAGCUAUUCCUGGCAGCCCGGACAUCUCGGCGGCCAGCCCAGCUGGGCACCCGGCAUCUGCGAAGCUAGCCCCGCCUGGCACUGGGUAUCUCGGGCACCGACUGUCGCCGGCACCGCCCAGUUUCUCUCGACUCCGGGGUGGAGGGCUUCCGCGCGGUGCCCCUCCCCCGGCUGCCCGACCGGACGCCCGACAGCCUUCGGCCGCUACGAUGCUACCCUGGAGACGGAACAAAUUCGUGCUGGUGGAGGAUGAGGCCAAGUGCAAGGCGAAAAGCCUGAGCCCGGGUCUCGCCUACACUUCGCUGCUCUCCAGUUUCCUGCGCUCCUGCCCGGACCUGCUGCCCGACUGGCCGCUGGAGCGCCUGGGCCGCGUGUUCCGCAGCCGGCGCCAGAAAGUGGAGCUGAACAAGGAGGACCCGACCUACACCGUUUGGUACCUGGGCAACGCCGUCACCCUGCACGCCAAAGGCGACGGCUGCACCGACGACGCGGUGGGCAAGAUCUGGGCGCGCUGCGGGCCGGGCGGGGGCACCAAGAUGAAGCUGACGCUGGGCCCGCACGGUAUCCGCAUGCAGCCCCGGCCAGGCGCGCUGAACUCACAGCCUCCAUCCCGAAUCCGGCUGCCCCCGAUCUCGAACCUGGCUGCCGCUGAGGCUCCCCUGGUCCCCGACCCCGCCUCCCUCGUGGUCUCAGUUGCGAUCGCCUCGUCCCUCGUCCUGGCUCGGGGUGACACCUGA